AGAUGGAGAGUUCACGAUGGUCACUCUCUUGGCCAAUCCCUUACUCCCGAUGGAUACUGUCAGAGUCAACGACUUCCUUGCUUCAAAAUUAGACUGUCUAGUCAUUGGUGCAGCAGCUGCUGGUCUGGUCAUCGCCGCCCUCUUAUUAUUCGAUUCCAACUGGGUAGUUGGUCUUGUUGAGGCCAGCCUUUUUCGCAAGAACGCUCCAAAUACCCAUGUCAUAGGAUCGACCGGACACCGUAAACUCCGACCUGAACAGUACGAUGUUGAUGCACGCACAGGGUUCUUUCCCGCGCAGCCACUCCCUCGGCUUCCUGAGGUGUACGCCGUCUGGGAGCAAUCCCUGGCCGAUGCACGGGGGGUGCUCUAUCUGGCUGACAAUCGGAGUUCUGAAGCGUUGGCGGCACGAUUGGAUGGAGAAAAGUGGAGAGCUGAUGUUCGAUCAUGGCCGGUGUUGAGUGUCGGUAGCCUUCGUGGUGACCUGCGGCACUUGCAGAGAGCGCACAAGAUGCUUGCGUUCAUCUUGCAUUACUACGCACACUCAGUACCCAAGGGAGGCCAAGAUGAGCCAGUCCGUAUUCCUCGUUCACUUGCCAUCCCACUUGCCGCAGUCUCCAAGGAACUUGGUAUCGCACCGGUAUUAACAUUCGCAGACACCGUUCUGUGGAACUGGGAUCUCAUUGAUCCUGGACGUCCAUUGUCUAUUGACAAUAUGCGCUAUGUGGACCUUCUUUCAGGGUCGGAGACAGAGGCGUCGUUCUACAAAUCUUCAGCCGCGAUAGAACUCAAGGGUGCCGAGAUGUUACGUAUUAUCGAGCACUUCGUCAACAUGACGACCGUGACAAGUCCUAGGGCAAUCGCAGAUAUGCAUCACAACCUCCAACAGCUCAAACGAAUCGUGAACGAGUUGACCGAUAUUUUCUCUUGUAUCCGGUCCAUUGUCGAUCCUCACGUGUUUUACUGGAUUGUCCGACCUUGGUGGAUGGGCGCUGGAAAGCUGUCGAAUGGUCAGCCCGGAUGGUUCUUCGAAGGUGUGCCUGACUACGCCACCUUCGAUCUCUCAGGCCCUUCAGGAGGCCAAAGCGCCGUUAUGCACGCGCUCGACAUUUUCUUGGACGUCGACCACAGACUUUCUUAUCACCGCUCGCCUGCACCAUCGGAGGCCAACAAGAAAGCCGACCGUGGUUUCAUGGAGAGGAUGAGGCGCUAUAUGCCAGGGUUGCACUGCGAGUACUUGAAACGCAUCGCCAUGGUGCAAUAUACGGUACGAGAAGUCGCAGAGAUGGCACCCAGUGUUCGCGAGCCCUAUAAUGCAGUGGUGGCGUCAUUGCAGCGACUCAGGGAAGUUCAUAUCCAGGUGGCUUGUUUCUACGUGAUUACACAAGCUAGAACAACGCCACCUGCUAGUGCUGGGAUUGCGGCGGAGAAAUUGGAUACGAAAGGGACCUCGGUGGGAACGGGCGGAAACGAUGUCGCGAGUCUUCUCAAGGCUGGUCGAGAUGCUACGCAUCGUGCUAUGAUUCAUUAGACAUGUUGGCGGGAGUUAAAGCUUCACCCAGAGCUGAUAAAGUUUCUCAAUUUGAGUAUUUGAAUAAGCUUUAAUUUGUUGCUGUAUUACUAUCAUGCGGAAGGCCUAACCGCACCGUGUAUAUGUAUCCUUUCGUUACUCUGCCUUAUGCACUAACAUCAAAUAUAAAGGUUUUAUUUACGA